GACAAGAAAAUAUUACCAAACAACACAAAAGAGACGGACCCUUUCUUUUAUUUCUUGAGUACUAUUGCAUUUCAUCAUGAUCUCUACCUGGAGGAGGCGGAGGGCGGCCCGCCGUGCAGAGAAGCAGCAGCGGGAGGGUGAAAACUGCGGGGACAAUAUGGAGCUUGCCAUACCAAAAUAUUUUCGUUGCCCGAUAUCUUUGGACUUAAUGAAGGAUCCGGUGACCUUGUCGACUGGGAUUACUUACGAUCGUGAGAGUAUUGAGAAGUGGAUAGAGUCUGGGAAUUUUACUUGUCCCAUUACCAACCAGGUGUUGAGGAGUCUAGAGCCUAUACCGAAUCAUACAAUACGUCAAAUGAUACAAAAUUGGUGCGUGGAGAAUAGGUCUUAUGGGAUUGAAAGGAUUCCUACGCCUAGAAUUCCUGUAAGUUCUGUCGAGGUUUUGGAGAUUCAGACCAAGAUUACAAUGGCUUGUAAAGGACGGGAUCAAAUUGGGUGCCGGAAUUUGGUGGCCAAGAUCAAGACUAUAAUGAACGAAAGUGAAAGAAACAAGAGAUGUUUUAUGGGUAAUGGGACGGCAAGUGUGUUAUCAGUUGCUUUUGAAGAGUUCUCCAGAGAAUCUUUCAGCGAAAAUGCUGAGGUUUUGGAGGAAAUAUUGUCGAGUUUGACACUAAUGUUCCCUCUUGAUGGAGAGGCCAAGAGCUACCUUGGCUCUGCUGCUUCCAUGGAUUGUUUAGUCUGGUUCUUGAAGGAUGGAAAUUUAUCUGGGAGAAGAAACGCAGUUUUGGUGCUUAAAGAGCUUGUUUCAUCGGAUCAAAAUAAACUGGAGGUUUUAUCAGCAAUUGAUGGAGCCACAGAAGGAUUAUUUGAGCUGAUUAAGGAACCCAUUUGCCCGACAGCAACAAAAGCUUCUCUAGUGACCAUUUAUCACAUGGUCACAACAACACCUACAAAUGUGAAGGCCAUUGCCAAAUUUGUAGAUAUGGGUUUGGUCUCAUUACUGAUAGAGAUGCUCGUAGAUAGCGAAAGAAGCAUAUGUGAGAAAUCGUUGGGCGUUCUCGACGGAAUCUGUAGCUGUGAUCAAGGGAGAGAAGAGGCGAAUGAUCAUUCUUUAACUGUCCCAGUUCUAGUCAAGAAAAUACAUAGAGUUUCAGACACGGCAACGGAGUUCUCAGUCUCCGUUUUAUGGAAGAUUUGCAAGGCUGAAAAGAGGCAAGAAGGAGGUGUUCUUCUUGAGGCUCUUCAAGUGGGCGCUUUUCAGAAGCUCUUGCUGCUCUUGCAGAUUGGUUGUGGCGAAAGAACAAAGGAGAUGGCAACUGAGUUGUUAAAGUUGUUCAACUCUCAUAGGCAGAGAUUGGAGUGUAUCGAUUCUUCAGAUUUCAAGGACCUCAAAAGGCCCUUUUAAUUCAAAUUAAGGAAUCACUUAACGAUAUUGUUUGAUUUUAAUGUUCCAUGUAAAGUAAAAAAAAUUACAUACUUAUACAAUUGGAGAUAAUUGCCAUUCAA